CCUUGACUCUUUUAUUCUUCAUCCUCUCCUUGAAAAGUGUUUCUCAAUCUCUAUCUAUGUAUGUAAUGAACCAUCCCUUGGGUGUUUCUUCAACCUUACCUUCAAGAUAAUAAAACACUAAUCAGAUCAAACAAUUCAAGAUAAUAAAAGGACAAAUAGGGUAAAAAAAACAUGCAUCUCUUUGAUGUGGGCUUUAUCAAGCUACAUUUUAAUUCAGUGGAGGUAAACUAUUUAACUUCAGUACAACAAAAUGAGAGAUGAAGAUGAAGAAACUAGAAGUUCCUUAUUCCAACAAUUGGCAUCUAGACAUGGGAACAAUCAAGGGAAACACAAGUGGAAAAGUGAGGGGAACAAUCAAGGGGAACAAUCAAGGGAAACACUGAGUGAUAAAUUCUGGAUAGGCAAGAUGAAUAGCAAUGGUUUUGGAUCAAAUAUUAUGGUUCUUGAUGGCAAGAACUGGGCUCGAUGGAGUGCCUUGAUGAAAUCUUUAUUUGGAGCACAAGAAGUAAGUAAAAUUGUGCAGGAUGGCAAUGAGGAUUUGGUGAGGAAUCCAACUGAUGCCUUCUCGUAUUUUUUUAAUCAUGGUUAUGUUAAAAUAAGUUGCUUGUAGUAAACUUGCAUUUGUUUAUAGUUUAGAUUAGAUACUCAUUCUUUUCUACUCGCAUUCAUAUUUUUAUUAUUCACAAGUGAAUUGGUCUACUGCUAGACAAGUUUAAUAAUUCAAAACUCUUAUUGUGCAUUUUGUGCUAA